ACGUAUCCAGAUAAAUAUUUUUUUUUUCUUUUAGCAUUUUUGGGAGGUGUUAUACUGAGUGCUGACGUGAAUUGCACAGCCCAACCCCUGAUAUAACGCGAGAGAAAAAUUCCAGACGCAGAGAAAAAGGCAGCAGAGUGGAUCAGAGCAGUCGGUGCGCAGGCACAUCAGGUGCGCACAAGGACAGAGUCCAAGACGCGCAGCGGCAACACUGAUGAAAGCUGCACAGAGAACUAGCCUCGGAAGAUUCAUUUACACGUAUUGCUAAUGUGAGGUAAGGAUAAACCUGGUGAUUUACCGAAAUCCUGAGGUAAAGAUAGACCAUAAGAAAGUAAAAACAGCAUCGAGAAGACGCGCCGGACCAAUCACUCCUGCUCUUAAAACUGUCAUGAAGCAGCAGCAGCGGGACACAGACUUCUCCUGGGCCAUUUAGGUAAAGUUUCGAGUACAUCUUAAGGUGGAAAAAAAGAAAACAUGAACUUAUCAGAGCCCGUCUGGCUCCUGGAAGAGCCGUGGAACCUCAGCAAUGCUGAGGAAGAGGAUCAGAAACUUUUAUUCGGGAUCGGCACGGAUAAUUUCAUUACGCUGCUGGUUUUCGGGCUCAUCUUUACACUCGGUGUGCUGGGCAACUCCAUGGUGAUCACCGUGCUGGCCCGGAGCAAACCCGGGAAACCACGGAGCACCACCAAUAUAUUCAUCCUCAACCUCAGCAUAGCAGACCUCUCGUACCUGCUCUUCUGCAUCCCUUUUCAGUCCACUAUCUACAUGAUGCCGACGUGGGUCUUGGGCGCCUUCAUAUGCAAAUUUAUCCACUAUUUCUUUACUGUGUCCAUGCUGGUGAGCAUCUUCACACUGUCUGCCAUGUCCGUGGACCGAUACAUUGCAAUCGUGCAUUCCAGAAAGUCCUCCUCUAUCCGGGUGGCCAAGCAUGCUUUGAUCGGAGUGGUGGUGAUUUGGAUACUCUCUCUGGCCAUGGCUGCGCCUAUCAUGUAUUACCAGAACAUUUUUCACAGAGGAGAGAAUCACACUUUUUGCUGGGAGGUUUGGCCAGAUCAAAACCAGAAAAAAAUCUAUGUCGUUUGCACAUUUAUUUUUGGUUAUGUGUUGCCCCUGCUGCUGAUUACCUUCUGUUAUGCAAAGGUUUUAAAUCAUCUGCACAAAAAGCUGAGAAAUAUGUCCAAAAAGUCAGAGGCAUCAAAGAAAAAGACUGCUCAGACUGUCCUUGUGGUGGUAGUGGUGUUCUGCCUGUCUUGGCUUCCUCAUCACGUCGUUCACCUGUGGGUUGAGUUCGGGACCUUUCCACUGAACCAGGCCUCUUUUGUCUUACGUGUGGCUGCCCAUUGCCUGGCAUACAGCAAUUCAUCUGUCAACCCGGUCAUCUACGCCUUCCUGUCAGAGAAUUUCAGGAAGGCUUACAAGCAGGUGUUCAAAUGCCAAAUUGGAACCAGUGACUCCCCACUCAAUGACAUCAAGGAGAUUCGCAGCAAAGCGGAUACACCACCCUCAACUAAUUGCACCAAUGUUUGACUGACAAGGUUGGAUGGUGACAGGAAAAUGAAUUAUGACAACUGUCACACUGAAACUUAAUGUAAAGUCAUAGUGUCAGAGCCACUGGGCAUGAGUGGGUGUGUGGAUUUUUUGAUGUAGGUAAGUAUGGUUGCUUUGAUAUUGUGGCAGCUGUACUGUUCCACAUACGCGCUGUUUAUUAUUCCUGAACAAGAAGAGGUGAAGCCAGUGUGGCUGCAGGACAUUAUUACUCUUUGAUCAGGCUGUUUCCUACAUCUUGUUUUUCAUCAUAAAACCUGUUGUGUCUCAUACUCAGGACAAAUUAACUUCUCUCUAAAGUGAAACUCAGUUAGAUCAUAGAUAUUAUUUCCAUGCGUCACAGUAUAUUUACAAGCUAUAGCUUGUAACUAGCUAUAAGCUAGUUAAGGAAUAUGAGGAAACUGUUCUUUCUGACUUCAAAAUGAAUAAACCUCAGUCAGCUGUGGUACUUCAAGAAUUAAAGGGUUGGUUUGUUUGCUGUCUUAUUGAAAGUUAAGUGGUGGGAUGGGUGUCCAUUGGAGAAACUGACACAUUGGUUAGCUUCAUGCAUUUCAUAUAGACUAGUUGUAUGAAAAGAAAUGCAGCUUAUGAUAACACCAAAAUGUUGUAAAUGUACAUGUUGUAAAUUCAGAUAACGGACAUGUUGUAAAUUAGAUAUGCCUAAGUGUAUACAUGUCCUAAAUUACUCUUGAUGACUAAUUUUAUCCAGUUUGGAGUUGGAGGCUGACUUAGAUCUGGUUAAGAGGUGAUAUGAAGUCAGGUUUGAGGUAAAUGUCUAAACUCAUCCACUAUACAAAACUGUCAAGUCCUUCACUAUUUUUUUAAAUUAGGACUUUUUUGAAACUAACAAACAUGGCUGAUCGAUCAAUCAUAUCAAACUGCUCAGUUCUCCUUCAGGGAGUUCCAGAGUGGUAAAUUACAGCUGACAAGGGCAAACGUGCUGCAACACAUGCAGAAAGAAAAAAAAAACAUUUACAGCAAAAUAAUAAGAAAGUGAGAAAAUAAAGACAGAGAGUCUCUACAGAUACAGACAUACACUUGGCAUACGCUUGUACGUGAUGUAUUGUGGAUGAUGCAUUGAGAGGGAUUAUUUUUGUAUGAGUCUAUAUUUUUUUUGAGGAAAAAUCUGCGUAGUAUGUUGCAGCAUGUUUGUUGACAAAUAUAAAUACUGUACAAAUCAUCACAGUUUAAAAGUUUUUCUUUUAAUUCUGAAUUAGCCCGGGGGUGCAAUGGCUCACUUUUUAGGUUUGAAAUGCGUAUUUUUUGAAACUUAGUAGUGAGAACUAGUAUUAAACUAAUCUAGACAAAGCAAAAUUAAGGCUGGUUUAACACUGAAGAUAAUAUAUUUGCCAAACCAAGCGCAGCAUGCUGUCACCACGGCUGAGCUGAGUGUUGAUAGUCCACAAGUAGCCUCCACUGGCACCUUGUUAAGCAGCAGCUCAUUGUUCUCUGUGUGUUAAAUUCAGAAGAAGGUGUGGAUGUGGUGUUUUAGAGUUGUCAAAAGAUAUGUUGGAGCUGUGCCAAAUAAUGUAAUAGAAAGAGUGAAUGACGAUUUUUUUCAAGCAAUGCUGAAAAAGUACACCACUGUAGAUAAGAAAAAAAAUGUACAACUGUCAUUGCACUCAGUAUGUUUAAAGUCUGUAUUUUAAAUAGAUUUCACUGUAAAUAUUAUGGACACUGAAGCUGAUACUCACAUAUGCCUGUAAAAGCCUCCCUUUAUUUGGCUGCUAUGCUAUGUUCAGACUGUGUUGUGCUGUAUGAUGGGCCAGGCUGCCGAACAUAUAAAGCAAGAUGCUUGUUUUGCAUCCUUUCUGGUAGCUAUCUUUCUCACCACAAAAACAAUCCAGCAAGAGAGCCUGUGGAAUUAAUUAUUCUAUUUUGAUGUUGUAUGCCAUAUGUAUAUGAGGUGCCAAUCCUCCACACAGCAGCUUUACCUCAGUAUAUUAAAAGAAAAUCAUUCAAACAAAAUAAUAUUAGAACUGUAAGUCUGACCUACAGUAUUGCACAGUAUUUUAUGUACAUCUUUGAAAGCUGUGACUGACUUAACAGAAUGUGUUGGAUCAUUUGUUCACUUUUUUCUGAAAAGGAUCCCAAGCUGAGCUCAGCAUGGAUUUUCAGGCGACCCAUGGAGAGCAGGUGGUCUGCUGCAGGUUUUUGCUACAGCAGCUGAUAUGACUGAUUAAGAAAAACUUCAUUCAGAGAGGAGGAACUAAUCAGUGUAAUCAGCAGACUCUCAUCUUCCCUGUCAGUGAGGACCUCAGAUGUGAGUGUCAAGGAUUACUCCCAGAGAGCAGAGGAGGUCCAGUUGAUGACUUUGUACUGACUGUACAGUGAUGCUCAGUCAUGCCCACACAGGACUGAUCCUUUUUUUU